AUGCGAGUCCUGAGUCCGGAGGAGCCAAAACGAAUUGGCAAAGGCGAUGAGAAAGAUCGAAUCAUUCAACCAGGGUGUUUGCUGGGAGACCGUGACCCAGCUUGGUUAGAGUUGGAUCGUCAUGCGCCACGCUCAACACCGCGUCGUUUGGAGUGCUACUUCAAUGUGGCUGUGAGUAUGCGAUACCGUGCAGCCGUUGGAGAUCUCAAACAUGCAAUUUGCCAGUGCAUGCUACAACAUCGACGGCAAGGCAAGUUGCACGCCUCCCCUCCCAACGGAAGCAUGGAAGGUCGUCAUGUUGUGGCUGGAGUUAACGGCCUAGCGGAACCAGAGCUUGAAAUGAAGAUACGAAGUAUCAAGCCCAAUGGCAUUUCGCGGGGCGUCGUGUCAGAUGCUGGCUUUGCUAAUGCCGAAGCUGAGCACAGUCCGGGAGCCUACGCCAUUUUGGCCUUUGACGACAAGCUCAAGGACGGCUACGGAGUUCCUUGGUCAAUGAUUUCGUGGAGAACUGGUCUAAUCCAAAAAGUUAUGAACUCCACGCUAGCAGCUGAGACACAAAGCUUGAGCGGGUGA